UUCCACGUGAAGCCUGGGAAUGCCUAUGCUGAUGCUGUGUAACAGCAGGGCAAUAGUGUAAAGGAGUAGCGUCACAGGCAGAGUUACUACGUUGUCAGUUGUGAUCUGUAACCAAACAGGGCAGUAGAACACUGCGGCGGGGCCCAUCAUGAACUGCAGUACGAGAAGCAUCCUGAAAUUAAGCUACAACCUGGGCAGGGCCAGUCACAUACUUCCCAGGAAUGAGCUGCGGAGACAGUCAACUGCGCCAUCUGCUGCAGAGGAUGAGAAAAAGCUGCAGUUUCUGGGUGUGAUGCGGGAAGUGCCUGCUCCGGUGGUGGUGGUGACGGCGGCCGCCCCGGGCCCGGCCGGGCCGCGGCGCGGCUUCACCUGCACCAGCUUCACCAGCGUGUCGGCGCACCCGCCGCUGGUCAGCGUCUGCCUGCGCCAGCCCAGCCGCUUCCUGCGCCUGGUGCUGGCCACUGGCCGGUUCAACGUGCACGUGCUGGCCGAGGCGCAGGUCAGCCAGAGCAUGCACUUCGCACGGCCGCCGGAGGCCGACGAGGACCAGUUCGACGGCAUCUCGCACACCGUCGACGAGCACGGCGUGCCGCUGCUUCCGGACGUGGCCGCAGGUAUUCGGUGUUCCGUCUUCAAGUCGGAUGUGGUCGGCGACCAUGCUGUCAUCUAUGGCCAAGUCUUGGAAUCAACAGUUGCUAAGGACUGCCACCCCAUGGUGUUCUACAAGCGGUCGUACCACAGCCUGGCGGACGCGGCGUUCAUGUCGGCGUUCGAGCACCAGACGCUGCCGUUCGAGGACUGGACGCACGAGGCGCACGUGCGCAUGGCCUGGAAUUACCUGAGCAGUCACCCGCUGGAGGAGGCGGAGCGCCUGAUCAAACAGGGCAUCCAGCGGUACAACGCGGUGAACAAGACGCGCGUAUCACGCGGCUACCACGAGACGGUGACGUGCUGCUUCGUGCGGCUGGUGGCGGCGGCGCUGCGGGCGGCGCCACCGGCUGCCACGUUCGAGCAGUUCCGGCGUCAGCACGCGCACCUGCUGCACCCGGCCGUGCUCGGCCGCCACUACUCGGCCGCGCUGCUGGACACGGACGAGGCUAAGCACAGGUUCGUGGCGCCGGACCUGGCGCCGCUGCCGGAGGUCAGCUGACGCCGCCAGCGGCGCCGCCCGGCCGUCCGGGCCACCCGCCCGCACCUCGGGCGCUAGCUGGUCCGUAGAUGUGAUAGAGGGGUGGCUGUGGCGUCCGCAGAAACCAGCGCCCUGUGCUGCUCGUCUGUCGGUGACGUCACCGACAUGCUGACGCAUGUCGGUGACGGAGAUAACAUUGUCUUUUGCAAAGUGCGUCCAUGUGUCUGGAAAUGGUGAGCAGUUUUGACCUGGCAUCUUCAAAAGGUGCAAGCGCUUGCCCGUCGCCGAGUGCACAGAGCGUAACCGGGCGUCCCACACCGCCACCUUAUGACGGCUGCUGGCGGCUCCGUGCGGGGGCAGGCCCGCGCAGGAGCCUGCCGUGGCGCAGUCGGCUGGUUCGCCCGGCCGCGCGCCAUGUCCCGCUCCUCCCGCCCUCUUCAGUCCGAGGCGCAGUCUGGCUGGUCGGCGCUCCGACGCAGCGCCUUGUGCUGUGUGGACGCUGUUUCAGCUGCGCCAAGCUCGCUGCUGUGCGCCGCUGUGCGCCGCUCCGGCGUCGGCGGCGAGCGAGGGAGUGCUUGGUGCGGUGUGCCGCGCGCGCUGUUACGACGUGGGCAGGCGGGCUGCGGCUGUUGUUACACGUAUCCCGGACCUCAGCGGGCGUUGAUCAGCUGACGCAUGACGUUUGUUCCAUGCUCUGUUGCCCCCGCUGUCGCGUAGCGCCUAGAGAUUGGUGCUCGGCAGAGCUGUUAAGUUUCUGUUGCUGUGUAACCCUCGCCGACGUCAUCUUCUGCCCCGACACGCGGUGUGGUGUGAGUUGGCGUUUGGCCAAGAGCCUCAGGUGUUACAAUGUCCCUUUCAAUUUGCUCACCAGCGCCCGGCUCCAGCAAAGACUUCGGGAGUCUCGUCGACGAGCUGUCCGCUCGAAGUUUGUGAAAGACAGA